AUGUCCCAUCUGAACGAUAUUCGUGGCCGUUUGGCCUUGAUCACCGGGGCCUCAGGCGGGAUUGGAGCAGCCUGUGCUCGCCAACUUGCUGACAGAGGGGUUCAUCUAGCCUUGACAUACUCGUCCAAUUUGGCUACAAUCACCGCCCUAGUGGAAGAACUCCAAUCCAAGCAUGUUGGUACCAAUACGCUGCGCAUUUCCAUCCAUCAAGUGGAUGUAGCCUCUGCCGAGCAGAUACAAGACAUGUUUGUGCAGAUCGACAAGGAACACGGCCAGCGACCGGACAUCCUCGUCUCCAAUGCGGGACACGGCAAACGCAUCCCGCAGGUCUGGGACAUCCCAGUUGAGGAGUUCGACUACACCAUCAAUGUGAACCUUCGGGCUUCGUUCAUCCUAGUCAAGGGUGUGGUCGAGCAUAUGAAGAACCAACAAUGGGGACGGAUCGUAUUCAUGUCCUCGAUUGCUGGAUACGGGGGCGGAAUCAACGGAUGUCACUACGCCGCCUCCAAAGGCGGAAUGACAGGCAUGAUGAGAAACCUCUCGACUCGACUAGCGGAGCAUAACAUCAGCGUCAACGACGUGGCACCCGCCAUGAUCGGGGACACUGGUAUGAUUCCCAACGCGCAGACGAUCCCCGACGUAGCGGCGGGCAUUCCUCUCGGUCGACUCGGGGUUCCAGAGGAAGUCGCCAAUGUGGUGACUAUGCUUGUGACGACCGGUUACAUGACGGGACAGAGCCUACUGCUGGCCGGAGGGUUGAAAUAG